CCCAUCGAUUUUUGCCGAUUUCUAUCUAGACCAAGCCUUCCCCAGCCUUCCCCACCCAUCGCUCUCCGUCUAUUUCUUUCUAGACCAACUCUACCCCACCCAUCGCUCUCUUCUGUAAAAGACGAAGAAAGUGAGGUUCGAGGGACCACUGUAGCAAGGGACCACUUCGACAAAAUCUUGUUUGUUAUUCAGAUAAGCAUGGAAGACCAAAUUGAGCUCAUUUUAUGCCAUGGAUGAUUUAUGGAUAUGACAGGGGUUGUUUCAAAGUACGUUAGAGGUGAUGUAGCUGUGGUGAAUAUGGU